UAAAUAUUGCAGAAUUUAUAUAGAAAAAAGAAUUUAGAAUUUUAUACAGGUUUAAUUAAAGGAUUUCAAAUUAGUAACACCAAUUUUUUUUUAUUUUAUUUUAUUUACUUACUUUCAAAUACAACUUAUAAAUAAUGAUUAGUAUGGCAAUGAGCAGUAAAGGGCAAAAUGUAGAUGGGGCUGCUGGUAACAGUCAGUCCUCAGAAUGGAUAAUAUCUUCAUCGUCAUCACCAUUCCAAACAAAUAAAAGAUAUUCAUUAGAUCCACCUUAUAGUUCAGAAUAUUCACCUCCGCAGUCACCUUCAUCAAAUUUAUCAGAUCCAUUACCUUCAUUCUUUUAUAGUUUAAGAUCAGAAGAUUCUGAUGCUCGUAGGGCAGCAACAGAAUAUAUUAUAAAUACUUUAUCGAACCCAGAAAACGAAAAAUUAUUAAAGAGUCAUUUAUCAACAAUAGUGGUAUUAUCAACAGAAUCACCUUUUGAAGAUGUAACAGAAUCAUUCACAAAUUUUUUAAAACCUCUUUAUGAAAAAUUUCAUAUACCAAAACAAAGAACAACAAUUUUUACAACGGAGUCACAAUUACCGCAAUUGAAUACCGAUGAUGAAUUAACAAGAAAAUUAUUUCAAGAUGUAUUUUUACAACAAGGUAGAGUUAAUCAUUUAAUUCGUACAUUAGGAUGGCACCCACAAUAUUUAGAGAAAUUUUUAUUGGCAUACAACACAAUUAUGAGAGACCCAGGACCAUUACCAUUCCACUGGAGAAAUUACAUUGGUAUAUUAACAGCAGCACGUUACAAAUGUUCCUAUAUUAUAUCGCUUCAAGAACACGAAUUUUUAUUAAAUGGUGGUGAUUCACGUUGGUUACAAGGCAUCGAUUAUAUUCCAGCAAAGUUAAAGAAUCUUUUAAGAGUCAUUGAAUUAAUGGCACACCAACCAUGGCUUUUACCAAAGUUAGACAUUGAAUAUUUAGUUAAAGGUUCAGAUGCCUGGUCAAUUGCAGAGUUGGUUCAUGCUAUGGUUUUAAUUUGUACAUUUCUUUCAUUAUCAGGUUUUGUUUUCUGUUGCGGUAUUACACCAGAGUGUGGACUUUCAGAGAGUGGUAGCUUAUCAAGUAGCUUUUCAUUAAAUGACAGUGACUGCGAAAUUGAAGAUACUGCUGCAUACGAGAACACCGAAAAGGUUAUGGAGCUUUUAAAGAAUAGAAGAGGUCAACCAGAGGAUGACGACGAUGAAUAUCACGAUAGACAACAAGAUUUUCAUAAUGCAGGUAUGGAGAGUGAAAGCGGUCCGCCCUCAAAUGAUCUUUCACAGUCAUCAUCAUCAACUACCACAACCACAAAUAUCAAUCCAAGUAUAAAUUUAAGUUCAUCAUCAUCUAUUCCAUCUCUUUCGCAAUCACAAGAUAGAAUGAUGGAUUUCUCUCGUUAUAUUGGCAAUAAUACACUAACACACACCGAUUUCGAUGUUUCAUCAAGAGAAUAUUCAAUUUUCUCGGUUCAAGAAUACUCCUGGAGAGAACAUGGUUAUGAAUUGGUUUCAAGAUAUUUCCCUGAUGCCGCACCAUUACUUGACGAAGAGUUUUCUUUUGUUUAUACUAUGACCUAUUACAGAUUCAAUGAGAACACCGAUAUCGAUACAUUACCAUUCCGUAGAGCGGUUUGGUACUAUGUUCAACGUGUUAAAGGUAUGCUUCAUGAUGAUUACAACUAUCAAGAGGUUAAUAUGUUUUUAAGUAGAAGUUUAAAGAAUUUUGUAAAGAAAGCAGUUUGUUUCCCAGAAUCAAUUAAAAGAGAUGAUUAUGCUAAACUAGGUUAUAGUUUAAAACCUGAUGAAAAGUGUCAUCUCUCUUUAUUAGCCAUUUGUUCACAUAAACAAGCCUCUUUAUUAUAUGGAUUAUAUACUGUAAUGAAUUAUCAAAAUCGUAGAUAGAAUUUAAUAAAAAUAAUAAUAAUAAUAAUAAUAAAAAUAAUAAUAAUAGUAUCAAUAUCAAUAUCAAUAAUAAUAAUCAAUUAUAGUUUAC